AUGACCAGUCGGAGGUUAACAAAAAGCGCCGACAAGCUUCCUGCGAUGUCUGGUCUUGCGGCAAAGUUUGAGCAGAUUCUCGGGGAUAAGUACCUCGCCGGACUUUGGGAAGACACGUUGUUCGCGGACCUCCUCUGGACGGGUUGCUACAAUACUACCUGGCCACCUGUACAGUAUCGUGCCCCGUCCUGGUCGUGGGCAGCUGCCGAUGGCUACCAAAGAUCGUUUGAGCGCUAUCGUCAGCUGGACUUGUCACAGUUCAUGCGACUCGCCUCCAUAAUCUCUAGCAGCGUUCGCGUCAGUGGCUUGAACCCAUACGGCGAAGUGGACGAUGGGGAAAUAGCGAUCCAGGCACCGUUGGUUCCCAUUAGCGUCACUAGGGACCCAGUGGGUGAUCCCGAGCGUAUAAGAGAGAACAAUGGAUAUUUUGCCUUCGUUACCAAGUCCAGCCAACAACUCCACUACGGUCUCCUAGAUUAUACGAUCAGCCACGAAACACUCCAAAGCCUUCCGGUCUUCGCACUGUUGAUGGGACGAGACGCCAUCGUUGCCUCGUAUCCAAGUCUUCUUAUCAUUCCGGAUACGUUGGGUGUUCAGGAAUCUUGCCGCUAUCGCCGUAUUGGCUUCAUCAAGCUUCAGGAAGCAAUUCUUGGUGCUGAGAUACCAAGGUGGGGCGAUGCAUAUCCUACCAUUACUUUGGCCUAA